CAUUUUGAUUUUAUCAAUUAUCAAAUUUGCAGAUUCCUAAUAAAAUAUAAAAAAUCAAUUCUAAUUUCUAUUCCAUUUAAUUGGUUUGUACUUAAAUUCUUCUUUAAUUCGCGUUGUUAUAAAAUGUUUCAUGAUUUCGACAACCGUAUUGUUUCGAUGCAGUCUCAUUAUUGUCUGAAUCUUCACGUCGUAUUUUUGUAGCGGUUGUUGGGUCGAUGAUAAUAGAUAGGUCUGGUAAUAAUCGUUGUUUUCGAACUUUUCUAACGCAAUGACAGAUAAAAAAAUGUGACAUGCGAAUUCUAUAGACAGCGGACAUAAUCGUAUUUUCACCAGCAAUUAAUCCACAAUUGGCGUCGUUCCUGGAUUCGAUCACUUCUAAGCGACAUGAAUAUACUGCCUAAAAAGAGGUGGCACGUUCGUAACCGAGAUAAUAUCGCCAGAGUUCGAAGAGAUGAACUUGCUGCGCAGAAUGAAGAAAAAGAAAAGGAAAGACGAAAACGCAUCGCGGAACAAGAAGCCAAAUUGGAAAUCUUGCGAACGGAAUCCAAACGAAACGUCGAAUCGCAGUCGCCGACAAUUCCGAGAGAAGAAAAAUCGAAGCGACGCGAGCAUAUAAAUUUUUUUGAAAAAAUCGAAACUGCCGCCGCAAACGAAGAACACGAACGGGAGAUAAAAGAAGACAAAGAAAAAUAUGAAAAGCAAAUCGGGUAUUUAACGUAUCUAGGUCAAAAUACUAACGAAGCCGAAGGACGAGUAUCCUGGUACAACAAACCGCGCAAACAACUGGAUCAUUUUGUCAAAGAUGGCGACAAAAAAGACGAAAAGUCUAAAUCGAUUCUGGAUCCGUUGACGAGAAUAGAAUCUAUUUUGCAUAAAAAAUCGAGCGCUGCGGAUUGCGCUAAAGUCGAGCGCAGUGUUGAAAGAGAAAAAACAAUCGGCCUCGGUAUUUCGCCCGAAAUCAAAACGAAAAAAAAAUACGACAAAAAAGCAGACUUGGCGACGUUACGCGAGAAACGAUUAAAAAGAGAGAGAGCGGAGCAGAAAAGAAUAGAAAAACUUUUAUCGAGCGUUAAUGGCGAAAAAACUACUUCGCUCGAAAGCGAGCGAGAGAAAUCGGCGACAAAAUUCGCUCAAAGGUACAAUUCUCAGUUCAACCCGCACUUGGCUAGGCAGAACUUCGCCGAAUGAUCGAGUUUCAUUUAUUCGCUAGCUCGAAGUACGAUCGUUUUGUUUUGUUUUUUUUUUUUCGAGUAGCGGCUUUUUAUCAACGAAUGACUCGCGUUUCAAGCGUUCCAUAUGCGGGUACUCGUCGGUGGCGGUGAUUGUAAUAUUGUACUUGUACGUCUACGCACCUGCGUACAAAAUUCGCCGCUCGGAUACGACUAUUCGUAAUCUGCGGAAGCCUGCUGACUGCUGACUGCCGAUCGCUGAUGCUAAAUUGUCGUCGUACCCACUCUUUCGACGUGUUGUUGUGAGAGGUUCGAUCGAAGAUUGCUCGCUGUCUUACCAGAAUACCGUGCAAGGCCGCGCCGCGACAAAAUUUCGAUAAAUAGAAUCCGAAGACCUACCGACUUUACACAAAUCGUAUGGAAACUUGGGCGGCGGAAACCUGUCGAGUUUCAAGUAAUCGUCAAGGUAUACCUAUAGGUAUAGGUAUUAUGGCAAUACGAGGAUAGAAAAUAACUCGUUGCGACAAAUAUGUUUGUAUAUUUAGAAUUCAGGAAGAAAAAUACAUAGAAAUAGUAACACUAAAUAAUUGCACCAUAAAAGUAAAUCAUACUGUUCGUUGACAAAAAUAUAUAUUUAAAUAAUAACAUAAAGGGAUUCAUUAGCACUUUCAAAAUAUAAAUCAAGUAAUAUAUAUAUAUAUAUAUUUUUUAAAUAAAUAAAUAAAAGUUUGCUUUUAAGCUGACAAAAUCAUUUUUAUGAUGCAAGUAUUUAAUCUGAUCUUUCACAUUAAUUCACAAGCUGGAUUUGAAUGAAAAAACCGUCAGAUUGACAGACUACAGACACACGAGGUAGAAUUUUUACAUUCUUCGACGAUUUAUGAAUUAUUUCAAAGGAGAGGAACGGUAAUGAAAAAAGGGAAGAAAAAAACAAAGAAAUUGAAACGAAUAAUUUUUAGAUGAAUU